AUGCAGUCCAACAAAGCAAUUCUUAAUAAUCAGGAUUACUUGUAUGAGUUAGCAUUAAGUAAACAACUUGAAAUUCAAGCUCAAGAAGAGAGAGAAGUUGAAAAUCAAAAACAAAGGGAAGUACAAAUCAGAAUUAACAAACAAACAAUGCAUGAACGAAUUCAAAAAUCUAUAGAGGUCGGAAUAAACGGUGAUAUGAAAAUUAAAUUCGUUCUUCCAAAUGGAAGAAAGAUAAUGAAGAGAUAUACAAACCAGAUGACAGUGGAAUCCUUAUUCCAAAGUAUCAUUUGCGAUGAAUGCUACUUUGACUCUAAUUAUGAGGAGCUUCCAUUCUUCUUACGUGAUGUUCAUGGAAAAAUUUUUGAAAGAAGUAAUUUAACAUUAGAACACGCUGGAAUUAAGUCAAAUACAAACUUUUACGUCACAUUAUCUUAA